AUGGGGUCAUCGGGUGUCUUUGCCAAGACAAUCCUCAUCCCCGCUGCGAUCGCCCUAUCAAUCUACAUCCUCCUCUCAUGCAUCUUAAUUCCCAUCUUCCGCCGCUACCACCAGCGCUACUCGCAGUACCUCCCACUACACUCUAUCUCCGCACACACACGGUCUUUACGCGAUCGCAUAGCUGACCAAGUGAUGUAUUUCUUCCUUCCAUCACGGUGGCGAUGGGGUGCACGGAUUAAUGACCACGACAACGUCAGCAUUGACGACGAAGAAGGGGAGGUCCUGACCGGGAUGAACGCGGAUUCAGCGAGGCGAGGUGCGCUAGAGCGGAGACGGGAUUCCCUGGCUGAAGCGGAGAUUCGAUUGAGUCGGGAGUUGGAAGAGGGAUUUAUGGAUGAUAGUGACGAGGAGAGCGGGGGGCGUAGGGAUGGAGGGCGUGGGGGUGAUGAGAGGGUAUUGCAUUGA